CUCUUUUGUUGGGUUGGUAUCAUGCGUAAAAGCACUGGGCACAGAACAUUGCAUGAAUCACGUAGUUAGUUAGCUAAGUAAUUUUUCUUAAAACCGUUGAAUGAGUGUGAGCUGGCCAGCUAUCGAGGAGAUGUUCCGACUUAAACUACAGCUUCCAGAAUGCAACCGCAAUGCAGCGUAGGUGCGUAUAUCCGGUGUCUUAAACACAUUAUACUUCCGCCCAGACAGACCGACACAGGCAGCCCGAAAAGGAAAACGUAGCUAACUUUUAAAAGCACCAAUCAACAAGAGCGUUUUGAGCAUAGUUUCAUAUUUUACCACAAAAUCAGGACAUGUUUCUCGACUUGACUGAAUAUUGACGAAGCCGCUAAAAGCAAAGACAAACGCGUUGGCCGCUCAAGAAAGUUUGUGUGAGGGCCUGUAAACAACAUGUCCUCCGCCUCGCAGGCAUCCUCUAGACGGCAAUGGUGCUACCUCUGCGAUCUGCCCAAGAUGCCCUGGGCCAUGCUCUGGGAAUUCAGCGAAGCUGUUUGCCGGGGAUGCGUGAACUACGACGGGGCGGACAGAAUCGAACUCCUAAUUGAGACGGCCAGGCAGUUGAAGAGUAGCCACGGUGUUUUGGAUGGAAGGUCCCCGGGCCCUCAGCAAGGCAAACCCAGCUCAGGUGGACCGAUGGAAGGAGGGAGGCAGCAUGCAGAACGUUUAGACAGGGGGAGGGGAGAGUAUGGCGUUUCACCCCGCCUCCCCAAUGGUCUGCACAGAGCUGAAGAUGUGAGCAUGUCAGAGGGGAGCAGACAGAGCCCCAACACUAGAAGGGCUAUGGCUGGGGCCGCACCUGCUCUACAUGGGACCAUACCUCAUGCUUUGAUAGCCCAGGGGUUAGUGGGGGCCCCUCACGGCUUGUUGGCCCCCGUUUCAGGCACCAGAGCUGGGGGCCAGCAGAUGGCUGGUUCCUCUGGCCAUAUAAUGGGUGGUGAUGGAAGGCGCCAGGUAAUGUCAGCCAUGUCGCUGGGGGCUGGUGCCUCCACUCUUGUGGGUCUGGAGGCAGGCUGGAGGAAUGGUGAGGUCAUGGCUGAGCUGGCAGAGAGUGCCAGGAGCCGGGCAGAGGGCUGGCCCAACCGCCCCAGAGCAGUACGAGACGUCCUGGUGACCCUCUGCGGCUGUGCCCCCUUCAGUGUGCGCUUCAGGAAAGACCACAACCUGGUGGGGCGCAUUCUCGCUUUCGAAGCCGGGACCGGGCCUGAGUUUGAGCUGAAGGUGUUUGUGGAAUACCCCAGCGGCUCUGGAAUAGUCUUCUCGGGCAUCCCAGAGCUUGUCAGGCAGAUGUUUCGUGACUCAAACAAAGACGCGGGCAAAGCGGUGAACUCAGGGCUGCGUUACGUGGAAUAUGAGAGGCGACAGGGCGCUGGGGACUGGCGUGCGCUCACGGAGCUCCUUAGUGACGGUGUACGCUCGUUUAAGGAGCCGCCGAUGCCCGAGAUCCUCCCACAGCCGUACACAGAUGCCGGCAUGCCCAUGGCGCCCGCCGGCCGCUCUGCACCUACCAAGGGUGCUGCACGGCGACGCAAAGCAUCACCAAGCUCUGAAAACGGAGAAAGUGAUGGAAGGCCCAUGGGGGAUCAUCCAGCCAGAGAGCCCUGGUCUCGAGGUGCAUAUCCAGGCAUGGAGCCCCUAGGCUCAGGUAUGACCAACCCCCAGGACGGCCUGCCCCGCUCACACAGCCAGCCCUCGCCCAUCUCAGCGCUCAUGGGAGUGGCCGACAGCCUAAGCUCAAGCCAGAUGUCCCGAGACGGCCCCGGCUUGUCCUCAGCCCAUUCCUCUGCAGCUGGCCGCCCAACCAGCGGGAGUCCCUCCUCUGCCUCCACCGCAGUCUCCCAGGCAGAUAUGGGCCAGGGUGCCCAAGGGGGGCCGAGCACUACCAGCGCUGGGGAUUCCGGGAGCGGCGCCCUGCUUUGCUGCACCCUCUGCCGAGAGCGCCUGGAAGACACUCACUUUGUCCAGUGUCCGUCUGUCCCGCACCACAAGUUCUGCUUCCCAUGCACGCGUGGCUCCAUCCGCAGUCAGGGCCCUGGAGGGGAGGUGUAUUGCCCCAGCGGCGAGCGUUGUCCCCUGGCCGGAUCCACCGUACCCUGGGCUUUCAUGCAGGGAGAGAUCUCCACCAUCCUGGCCGGAGAUGGCGAUGUGACGGUGAAGAAGGAGAACGACCCCUGACCCCAAUCAAGCGGCUCAAACACUUUGAAAGCGCUUCCCUGAUCUAUUUCUCACCCGGAAGUUCAGAUUGGCUGCAGUUCAUCACGUGCACCGCAGAGGUGCAGCAAGAUAGAACUGAAUCACCACGCAACCCAGGAGGGAAUAGAACCACCUUAUUAAACACGUUAGGAGGGCACCAGAACCAUCAGUCCAAAAGUGGGCCACAUGACGGUCCGAGCUAGGCUCAUCUGUUAGUAAUAAUUAAACUAGAGAAAAUCACAAGUCAUUCUCCAUGUCCAAUGAAGCAGCAGAGGCUAUUCACGAGGCCUUGUUUUAAAAGCCCAGGAUUGAAAGCACAGGUCUGUUCUUUAAAAUGACAAUCUCUCAGCGUUUCAUGUGUUUCUAUAUAAAACAAUUUAGUUGCAUACUGUGUCAUAUGUGAACGAUACCAAUAUUGAAAGCCCAUGGGUAGCCAGAAGCCGGCAAUUAUUUGGAAAGGACAAAUAGAUUUUUAAAACAAUGGCAAAACCAGUAGGUCCUUAAAACCAAGGUUUAAACAUUUUAAUCACACGUCUCUUCAAUGUAUGCUCCUUUAUUACAUAUUGUAUGUCAGAAAUGUGAAUUUACUUUAAAUGACUAAUUUCUAUUUUUGAUACAAUAAAUUUAUGUAUGCGUUUAUAGUAAGUGAUAAGACCAAAGAUGGCUUUGUGCUCUAAUUUUACUGUAGCUUUGUAUGCUGUACUCACUGAUAACUUUGUCAGUCACUCUGUUUCUUAAUCUACCACAGAAGUAAGCUGGUUGUUUGUCUCUUAACUUGUUUUGAAUUCCCUGUGUGUGUGUAUAUACACACACACGCUUCAAUGGUGAAACAUACUCAAAUGUGAUCUUAAUAUGGGGUCAACUAAUAAAUUCCAGAAUAGUCA